CUCUACUGGCAGGAACGUCUUCUCGCCGGAAGUGAGGUGGCCUUUCUCGAGAGCAAGCGAAAAAUAAACACGUAUCCGUCAAGGGGCCGCGACUACAACAGCCUGGAACCAACAGGACUGCUUUAGAUGGAAGGAUUGAGUCGAGACGCAGUUAUUAAAAGCUAAACGCAACAGAGGGCGUCUGCGUGAAGGAGAAAUAACGGAUUCCUGCGGCUUGCAAGAUGGUGCGAGCCGCUCUUGUAACAGCCACCAGUUUGGCGCUGACUGGCGCAGUGGUUGCCCAUGCCUACUUCCUCAAGCACCAGUUCUACCCGACUGUGGUAUACCUCACCAAAAGCAGCCCUAGUAUGGCAGUUUUAUAUAUUCAGGCUUUCGUUUUGGUUUUCCUUCUGGGGAAAUUAAUGAGGAAGGUCUUUUUUGGGCAACUGAGAGCUGCUGAAAUGGAGCACCUGAUUGAGCGCUCCUGGUAUGCAGUGACAGAGACCUGUUUAGCCUUUACCGUCUUCAGGGAUGAUUUUUCCCCUCGCUUUGUGGCCCUUUUCACCUUGCUGCUUUUCCUCAAGUGCUUCCAUUGGCUGGCUGAAGACAGGGUGGACUUUAUGGAGAGGAGUCCAAAUAUCUCAUGGGUCUUCCAUUUCAGAGUGCUCUCUCUAAUGGUGUUGCUGGGAGUGAUGGACUUUCUGUUUGUCAAUCAUGCGUGUCACAGCAUUAUAACAAGAGGAGCGUCAGUGCAGCUGGUUUUUGGAUUUGAGUAUGCGAUUCUGAUGACUAUGGUCCUCACAACCUUCAUCAAGUACACUUUACAUACAAUUGAUCUGCAGAGUGAGAAUCCAUGGGACAAUAAGGCCGUCUACAUGCUCUACACAGAGCUCUUUACAGGUUUCAUCAAGGUGCUUUUGUAUAUGGCGUUCAUGACCAUCAUGAUAAAAGUGCACACCUUCCCUCUGUUUGCUAUUCGACCCAUGUAUCUUGCAAUGAGGCAAUUCAAGAAGGCAGUAACAGACGCCAUCAUGUCUCGACGAGCCAUUCGUAAUAUGAAUACUCUCUAUCCAGAUGCCACCCCUGAAGACUUGCAAGCCACCGACAAUGUGUGCAUCAUCUGCAGAGAGGAGAUGGUGACUGGAGCCAAGAAACUGCCGUGCAACCACAUCUUUCACUCGAGUUGCCUUCGCUCGUGGUUCCAGAGACAGCAGACGUGUCCGACCUGUCGUAUGGACGUCCUGCGAGCAUCUCAGCCAAACCAGACGCCUGCCCCUCCUCCAGCACAAGCACCUGCCCCACCUGCCCCCGCCAAUGCCCCUGUACCUCCACCUGUCAAUGUUGCUCCAGGGAUGAUGCCUCAGUUUCCUCCUGGUCUGUUCCCCUUUUGGGGUCCUUUUCCUGGUGCGCCUCCACCUGCUGUUCCUGGAGCACCGGCAGCUCCUACUGACACUCCACAGCCCAGCAGUGAUGGAGCACAGGGUUCAGAAUCAGGAGCCGGCAGUUUAUCCCAGUCGAGUGCAGAUGGUGCCUCUGCUGCUCCAGGAGCUUUGCCUGGAUUCCCCUUCACCAUGCCACCACCUUUCCCAUCAGCUCCAUGGCUGCCGAUGCCUCCUCCACCACCCUUUAUGUCCUCGAUGCCGCCGCCACCAUCCAGUCUGUCCAGCAUGUCUGAGGCUGAGCUGAGAGAGCUGGAGCAGGAGGGCCGGCGGGGUCUGGAAGCCAGACUGCAGUGUCUUCACAACAUCCACACUUUGCUGGAUGCCGCCAUGCUCAACAUUCACCACUACCUCAGCACAGUGGCUACUCUAAGUCCUCCAAGAUCAGAAACGAACACUGGCGAGACGAGUGAAUCUGUGAACGUGGAGUCGUCUCCGUCCACCGCCAACACAGAAACGGCCGGUCAGGAGAUCCAGAGCGGAGAAUCUAUAAAUGGAGCGGCAGGCUUUUCUCAGCCCGACUCGACCACAGAAGGAGAGAAAGAUGUCAAGGAGGAAGAUGAGGAUGAUGGUGAGCCGAGCGCCGCCGAGUUGAGACGCCGCCGUCUCCGCAAACUGGAGACCACAAACACUCCUGAUCACGACAACCUUUAAAACUAGCAUCCAUCAAUUGACUUGUGACUCUAGAAACACUUCUUACGGACUCUUGGCCACUUGUUCAGACGUCAGUCUAUCUGAGAAACGUUCACGUGUUCUUAAAUGUCAUUUAAAUGAGGCACAAGGCGCUGUAUGGAGGAUCUGUCAUCAUCACGCACCGGAGAACUGGUUUCUGGGUAAUGAAGCGUGACCAUCUAAAAGCUACAAAGCUCUGAAUCCGAGUAUUGUUGGGACUUUCCUCUCUGAAUGUGAUUUCUGGUUCUCGGAGGAAGAUGAAGGUCUGUGGAUUUCUCAUGUGCCCUUAAAAGUGGAUGUUUCCCUCCCUUCUUUGUGUAUUUUCAUUAUUUCUAGCUCUACGUUAUAGAUUUCUUUUCUUAGAUCGACUUUGGUUGUGUUUGAGGACGGCCAUGAUCUAAACUGCGGAGUAAAUUAACUUACUGUACAUAAUGUAUAAAGUGUUUUAUUAGGAGGAUCUGUACAUACUCCACAAUAAAAUGUUGGAAACGGA